AGUGGGAUGACGAGUACGCAUACGUAUUCAAUGUUCACAACUGCGCCGAAUGGAGAACUUAAACACAGGUCGAGAAAUCGAAAAAACUCUUGCAGAUGUCGGACAAUCGAUGGAUAAACUAUGGCCCACGUCACCAACGGUCGGAUGACACAAGCUUGAACAGCGUCCUCGAUGCUCGGUUGUACGCUGGAAAGAAGAUUGAAUAUAUCUGGGACUCUGGAUAUAACUGGAACCACGUUACCACAGUGUUGGGUCGAGCUGAUGCCAGUGAUGGCAUGAAGCUGCUGUCAGGGAAAGGAAAGCCACCUCCACGCCGACGACCAUACAGUGUCGGCCCAAACACUUGCAGCGCAGUCGAUAUAGAUGGCAUUAAUCGACGACUUGAUCUAUACACCCUCGAUAUGAAUGCUAGUACCUAGGAACUAGAUUCUCAUGAUCAUUCCGGAGAUUACGGACGAUGACAAUUUACCAAGGAAGAGACAGCCUAAGUUCCAGGUCGCCAAGGUAUUUCAGUAUAGAUGUUCAAUUUAUGUACAUGUAUUCUGUAUCUUUCUGUACUUUCCUUCGUCUUAGAUUUGCAGCUUUGCAGCCCCCACGUCAAUAUUUGGAGACCCCUAGUACCGCUCGUUGUACUCUAUUGUCACAAUUUGUCCAAUACUUGUAUC